AUGGCCAGACUUGGUUGGUUCUUGACACUCAGUCUCUCAUUUUCGACCUUUUCUACAGCGUUCCCAGCUGGCACUCAUUUUGAGGUUUCAAAAAACUUCAGUACUUUCAACGUUGAACAAUGGGUUCCAUCCCUGGACUACACUCCCCACAGAGGAGGUAUUCCUUUCCCACUUCAAAAUGCAAGCGCUCGACCGUGGGCUCAGCUUGCCCAAGCUCCUCGUGUCAAGAAUAUUACAAGCUACAGCUAUAAAAGAGACAGUUGUGGCGGGCCAAUUCCUGACAGUCCGAGCAAGUUCUGGUAUGAGACGAUUAGCCAUAAUGGACAGUCAUCUUUCUUGGACUCGACAUAUAAGGAUACCUAUAGCGUUUUCCGUAAUGUAGUAACCGACUUUGGGGCGGACAACACCGGUGCUACUGAUGCUUCCGCAGCCAUUCAGAAGGCUAUCAAUGCGGGUGCUUCUAAUGGCCCAGACCGCACAAGCAACUCCAUGGGCACUACAGGUCAACCUGCUCUCGUAUACCUGCCCGCGGGUACAUAUCUGCUAGAGAGUAGCUUGCAGCUCUUUGUCGGUACGGUCAUUGUUGGUGAUGCCCUGAAUCCUCCUACCCUCAAGGCUAGCUCGAGCUUCAGCACCAAUCAUAUAAUAUUCGGCAAGGAUCCGAAUCAGGGUGGUACCGUGAACUUUUACAUCGGGUUCAAGAAUGUGAUUAUCGAUUCUACGAGCAUUCCUGCAUCGACUUCCGUUGCGCUGCUUGACUGGACAGUUUCGCAAGCUACGCAGCUGACGAAUGUUGUCUUUAACAUGCCUGAUAAUUCAAACCAUGUUGGUGUGACCAGCCAGUAUGAUUCGAACAGCAAUAUUAUUCUUAAUGACCUCACCUUCUAUGGUGGUUCCAUUGGUCUGGAGCUAAGCGGGCAGCAGUGGAUCCUGAAAGGUAUCAAGAUCAACGGCGCGAACGUCGGCAUCAAGGCUGGCGGGUUCCAGCUCGUUUGCCUAGACUGCAACUUCCAGAACGGCGCGACAGGCAUUGACGCCAGUGGGAUUUCUGGAUCCCUGACGGUGAUUGACUCCAGUGGCAGCGCCUUGGGGAACAUGAUUAUCUCCUCCAAUGCGGGUGGGAGUGCACAAAAUUCAAUCAUCCUGGAUAACGUACAAUGCACCAACAGCGGCAGCACUGUUUCGCUCAAUGGUAAUGCGGUUCUCACAGGCUCUGUCACAAACACCUGGGUGCAUGGAAACAUGUAUUCGGGCGGAAGUACCUCCCCUAUUAACGAACAGGGUCUCGGGGUUACCACUGCUCGUACAGAUGCCUUGCUCGGUUCCGAUUCUAAGUACUUUACUAUGGCCCCGCCAACUUACAGCCAAUAUUCAUCCGGCCAAUUUAUCAACAUCAAGAGCGUGAGCGGCUAUCCUGUCAUGGGAGACGGGGCUACGGAUGACACAACGAAUAUCAAUGCGAUUCUCUCUCAGUAUGCCGGUUGCAAGAUCGUCUACUUCCCCGCUGGAACGUAUAUUGUAACAGGGACUAUAUUCGUGCCUGCUGGAUCUAUUAUAGUCGGAGAUGCAUAUGCUUCAGCUAUUAGUGCAACUGGCUCAAACUUCUGGAAUCCUAAUGCCCCGACCAGUAUGGUCAAAGUUGGCAAUCCCGGCGACGUAGGAGUGGCCCAGUUCACAGACAUGCUGUUCACAGUAGCAGAUGUCCUGCAGGGUUGCAAAAUGGUCGAGGUAAACAUCGCUGGUUCAUCUCCCGGAGACGUUGGCUUCUGGAACACGCAUUUCCGUAUUGGCGGUGCGGUAGGGUCUAAAGUACAGACCAACUGCUAUGGCACCGCAGAUGAAUGUAAAGCUGCCUGGGGAGUCCUUCAUCUCACCAACACAUCGUCCGCCUACAUCGAAAACAUGUGGGGUUGGACUGCGGACCACAAUCUAGACGGAGCCAGUCAGACUACAACUAUCGCGACUGGCCGUGGUCUCCUGGUGGAAGCAACCAAAGGGACUUGGUUGGUGGGAACCGCUAUGGAACACCACACACUUUAUCAGUAUAACUUCGAGUACGCAGAAAACGUUUUUUCUGCCUUCCAACAGAGUGAAACCCCUUACUGGCAGGGCUGGGGAAGUCCCGAACUUGCUCCCACGCCAUGGUCCGACAACCUGAUUGCUAGCGACCCCAGCUUCAGCAAUUGCGACGCCAGUGAUGCCGGAUGCCGGAUGGCUUUCUUUGAGCGGAUCCGCGGUUCCUCCAACCUGUUCCUUUAUGGCGGGUGUGUUUGGGCCUUCUUCAACCACGGCGGUAGCUGUAACGGGGACUGCCAGGCCAACGCCAUCCGAAUCCUCUCAUCGUCCGGCUCGAUCUAUCUCUACGGCACGAACGUCAAAUCUAUCAGUAACAUUGUGCUCGAAAAUACCGUGGCCGCGGCCACAGAAAGUGUCAACUCCGGAGGCUGGGGUGGAGUUGUCGCUGCCUAUCUGCACAAUACAGCUUCUAGUAGUUCCACGGGGAGUGGCAGUAGCAGCGGUGAUGGAAACAGUGCCGUGGUCACAGGCAAUGGACUGAACUGGUAUAGUUCAUCACUCACCGAUGGCGCACCCGCUUAUGAAGAUCCCGAGUAUUAUUAUUGCUUCGGCGGCCCUGCCGCUAACUUCCCACCGCUGGCGAACUGGAUGGGAUUCACCGCUAUGUUUGACCUCAACCAGGAGACCUCAAUGGCACAGGUUGAGUCCGGCCCCAUUCAAGGAGACAUAUGGAACGCCAUCGUGGAGGUGUCUGCUGCGGCUAAGGUGGAUGCCCGGUUGGUCCUAGCUGUGGUUAUGCAAGAGUCGAGCGGCAACGUAUACGUUGGUUGCACCAACAACGGGGUUCAAAACUGCGGUCUCAUGCAGGCUUACAUUGGCUCUGUCUCGUUUGAUGCCAACGACCCACAAGGCAGUAUCACCCAGAUGAUUAUCGACGGCACACAGGGCACCUCUCAAGGCGGCGGUCUGGUCCAAUGGUUCAACUACGAUAAUGUUGGCGCUGAUACGGCUGGGAACCCGUAUAAUGUGCUCCGUGGGUACAACUCGGGCAGCAUCAACUUGAAUGAUUUGGAUGAUCCUCAGGAUGCGACUGGUUCGUAUGUGAGCGACAUUGCAAAUCGGUUGCAGGUAAGUCAACAUGGAUUCUGA